AUGUCCCUGGGGCCACUGAAAUUCCAGGCAGUGGGUGAAGAGGAUGAAGAGGGGAAAGAGGAGAGCCUGGACUGUGUGAAGGCAUUGACGGCCAAGCUGCAGCUGCAGACACGGCGGCCCUCCUAUCUGGAGUGGACAGCCCAGGUUCAGAGCCAGGCUUGGCGCGGGGCCCAAGCCAGACCUGGGCCGGGGGGACCCGGGGCCAUCUGUGGCUUCGACUCAAUGAGCUCUGCCCUCGACUGGCUCCGCCAUGAGCUGCGGGAGAUGCAGGUUCAGGACCGGCAGCUGGCAGGACAGUUGCUGAGGUUGCGGGCCCAGCUGCACCGGCUGAAGGUGGACCAGGCCUGUCACCUGCACCAGGAGCUGCUGGACGAAGCUGAACUGGAGUUGGAGCUGGAGCCGGGGGCUGGGCCGGCCCUGGCCUCACCGCUGCGGCACCUCGGUCUCACGCGCAUGAACAUCAGCUCCCGACGCUUCACCCUCUGCUGA